AUGAAGGGCCUCGUUUACAAGGGCAAGGGCACCGUCAGGCUCGAGGAGGUGCCGGCACCGCAGCUGGUCAACGCCGGCGAUGCUAUUAUCAAGAUGAAAUGGUCAACCAUCUGCGGCACCGACUUGCACAUUCGGCACGGCAACGUUGCGUCCGUGCCUGUCGGCCAGAUCCUUGGCCACGAGGGUGUUGGGAUCGUGGCAGAGGCCGGCCCGUCGGUCAAGAAGUUCAAGAAGGGGGACCGUGUGCUGAUCCCGGCCAUUACGUCGUGCGCGUCCUGCGACUACUGCCGCCGCGGCAUGCACUCGCACUGCCACGGGGGCGGCUGGAUCCUCGGCAACACCACGGGCGGCACCCAGGCCGAGUACGUGCGCAUCCCCCACGCCGACUCGUCGCUGUACGCCCUGCCCGCGGGCGUCGACGAGUCCACGCUGGUCAUGCUCAGCGACAUCUUCCCGACGGGCUUUGAGUGUGGUGUGCAGAACGGCAAAGUGGCGCCGGGCAGCGUGGUCGCCAUUGUCGGCGCCGGCCCCGUCGGUCUGGCCGCCCUCAUCACGUCGCAGCUCUACUCGCCCGCCCAGAUCAUCAUGGUCGACUUUGACGACAACCGCCUCGCCGUGUCGCUGGGCCUCGGCGCCACCCACACCGUCAACAACGGCCGCGGCAUGCAGGCGGCCGUCGACGAGAUCAUGGCGCUCACCGGCGGCGUGGGCUGCGACGCGGUCCUCGAGGCCGUCGGCGUGCCCGCCAGCUUCGAGCUGUGCCAGCGCAUCCUGGCGCCGGGCGGCACGCUGGCCAACAUUGGCGUGCACGGGUCGAGCGCGCCGCUGCUGCUCGACCAGCUGUGGGACCGCAACAUAAGCAUCACCACGCGCCUGGUCGACACGGUGACGCUGCCGAUGCUCCUCAAGCUUGUGGCCGCCAAGCGCAUCGACCCGUCCCUGCUGAUUACGCAUCGUUUCAAGUUUGCCGACAUGGAGAAGGCGUAUGAGACGUUCGGUGCGGCCGCCAAACACAAGGCGCUCAAGGUGCUGAUCGAGUACGAUUAG